GUGGCUGGAUUACAGAGCUGUCGGUCAGAGACUGAGCGGGACGCGUUUCAUCGCCUUCAAAGUGCCCCUGAAACAGUCGCUGAACUGUCAGCUUCCGCGUUCGGAGGUUUUCGGUCCGUGGGAGCUGCUGGACGCUCUGCGCAGAGACAAUCAGGAGCUCGGUCUGAUCAUCGACCUCACCUUCACCACGCGCUACUACAAGCUGCAGGACGUCCCGGACUCGCUGCUGCUGGUGAAGAUCCUCACCGCCGGUCACCAGGUUCCCGGCGACGACACGAUCCUGAGCUUCAAACGAGCCGUACGAAGGUUUCUACGGGAGAACGCCGACAACGACAAGCUGAUCGGCGUCCACUGCACGCACGGCCUGAACCGCACCGGAUACCUGAUCUGCAGGUACCUGAUCGACGUGGACGGGAUGGAUCCCAGAGACGCCGUCCAGUUGUUCAACUCGGCACGAGGUCACGCUGUAGAGAGGCAGAACUACCUGGACGACCUGCGGAGUGGACGGAAGAGGAG